AUGUCCAUGAGAUCGCUCGGCUUGAACUCGGCUUUGGGCCGCAUGUUCACCAAGUCCACGGACCAGACCAAGGCCUUGCAAACGGUCCUCAACUUCCGCAAACACCCCGAGACAUCGCUCGAGAAAAUCAUGACCCGCAGCGACAAGGAGAUGGGCGGGUAUUCCGAGGUCCACAUGGACAUCGACCCGCAGACGGGCGCCGGCCAUUUCCACGGCUACUUGAACCUCGAUCUCCCCAAGGACAACCCUGAGAUCACGCGGUCCGGCUAUGCCAUGUUCCGCACCAAGGACCAGCGUGACUCGUGGAUUUCCGGCGACUCCCACUGGGACUGGUCGCACUACGCGCUGAUGGUUUUGCGCGUGAAGGGCGACCGCCGGAAGUACCUAGUCAACAUCCAGGCAAACACGCCUUUGGUGACGGACUUGUUCCAGCACCGCUUGUUCUUGCACCACCCGGGCGAGUGGGAGACCGUGGUGAUUCCACUCGACGAUUUUGUCAUGACCAACUGGGGCGUGAUCCAGGACGGCAGCGAGCUCAACAAGGCAGAAGUGAAGACCGUAGGCAUCGGCUUGUUGGACAAGCAGUACGGACCGUUCUCCUUGAAGAUCGACUGGAUCAAGGUCAUGACGGGCACGGAGGUGGAGAAGGUGGCCAAGAAGUCACGUGCCGAGCGCUUGGCGCUCGAGCACGGCGCCAAGCACGACGGCCACAAGGAUGUCGAGAGCAACAUGCCCACGGGCGACGGCUGCUCUGCACUCAACACGCACAAGAUCGACGAGCCCAAGGAAACCAUUUUCUAA